CACAGAAUGGCGAACAACAAGAACAUGGACGCGCUGCUCAAGUGGAGCAUCGCGCAGCAGGGCGCCGACGACGCCGCCGCCGCCGCCAACGGGCAGCCCUCGAUGGCGGCCGUGGCGUCGGACAUUGCGGCGGGGCGCCGGCCAGACCUCGCCGACCCGGGCCUCUUCGACGCCAUUAUGGGCAAGAGCGAGGCGACGAUGAUGCGCGAGGAGCUCGGCGCCGCGCUCGACGAGAAGCGCACCGAGCAGGACCGCGUCACGGCGCUCGACAACUUCGAGAUGCUCAUCGAGUCGAUCGACAACGCCAACAACAUCGCCUCGAUGUCGCUGUGGCCCUCCAUCAUCUCGCUGCUCUCCUCAACAUCCGAGCGCAUUCGCGCACAGACGCUCUGGAUUCUCGGCACGGCCGUGCAGAACAAUGACAAGGCGCAGAUUGCGCUGCUGGCACAGGGCCCUAUGCCGCGCCUGCUCGAGCUGCUGGGCGACGCCGACGACGAGGUCCGCGGCAAGGCCGUGUAUGCGCUCAGUGCGCUGCUGAAGCACAACCCGGCUGCCGUCGUCGAGUUCGACACGCAGGAUGGGUGGAAGGCGCUGAAGACGAGUCUCGAGGACCCCAUUCUCACGAUUCGGCGAAAGGCGGCUUUCCUCAUCAACACGCUGCUGAUGCAGGAGGCACAAACACCCAACGUUGAGGCCGCUUCGGCAGCCGCCUCGCCCGUUCUGCCAUCAGCACCUCUCGCAGCGCCAAAUGGAGCUGCCAAGGCAUCGACGGCGCUCACCCUUGUGCCGGGGCAAUCAGCCUCGACGCCACCAGUGACUCCUGCCUCUUCGGCGCCGCUCGAGCGCGGGCCAGCGACACUUGCCGCCGGUGUUUCAUACCCGCCCAUCGCGCCUGCGCUGCUGCAGUCUGGCGCGCUGACGCAGCUCAUCUCAAGCUUGUUGCCGGCGGCAAGCGAAGGCGCCGCAAAGCUGGCGCCGCUCAAGGACGGCUCGGAGGCGCGCGCCGAUCUCGACUACUCGGAGAAGGCGGCUCGUGCUAUCGCCUCCUGGGCAGACGCUGUGGCCGCGCGCUCGGCUGGCCGCGGUGCAUCGGGCGCCGUCAAUGCAGUCACCGCAGCACUGCUGGGCCGUCUGACGGACGAGCUGGAGGGCCCACCAUUGGACGCGGAGCACGAGGCCGACGUCACAGCACGAUGGCAGGAGGUCGGCCUUGACGCCGGCGAGUGGGAGCAGCUGCGGGAACGCAGCGCCAACCUGGCUGCCGAGGCAUAGAUAGACGCGGCCCUUAAUGUCACGCCUCCACCCUCCACCAUCACGCUGAUCGACUGGUAUACGCUGUGGAUUCCGUGCGGCACGGCCCGGAUGCUCUAUAAUACAUGAGAUGAACGACGAGGCGCUCUGCUACAGCAGGCCUAGC